AAAUUGCAUUUUGUAUCUUUUCUUUCAAGGCUACGAGGCAACAAUCAAGAAGAAUACAAUAACUAAUACAGAACGAACACUUCGAUCGAAAGCUUGACGACAAACUAGAAUCGAGAAUGAUGCGAUUUUGCUACUUGCUUGUCGUUGCCCAGGCUUUAUUCCUUUCGCCUGCGAACGUGAAUGCCUUCCAAAAUCUUGUGCAACGACCGCUGACGACCGCUCCUGCUUCGAUUGGUCAUCGUGGAGKCCCAUCGCUAUCGUCUCAGCUCUCGAUGGCUGCGGAUCCCGAAGCAAAGAAAGAGACGACAUGGGAUCGAAUCACUGGUCCCAAGCUGUUCAAGACCGUGACAAAUUGGAAUGGAAUUCAUUCCGUGCCUCUCGUCCCCCUGCGAAUUUUGACCGGAAUGCUUAUGAUCCAUCAUGGUUCUGAAGGUACGUUUYGUUGCUCACUUUUGCUUCGCUUUAUUUCUUGUUUCACGGAGUUCGUGUUGUUUCCUCCACGACAAUUCGAAUGUCUGCAUCCAUAUGGAAAAAAUGCCGGAGCAAAACCCACCUUUCUCACAUCUUUUUUGUGAUGCGACAACCCAAUAACUGAAUAAUUUAUGAUAGGUGGCAUUGGUCCCGCCAAUUUCGGAACCGCUGAGUUUCAGGGAUUUGUGGAUUAUGUCAUGGCUCCUCACUUUGGAUUUUUACCAGGACCUUUGGAAUUGUGGGCGGCACUGCACGAUUACGCUGAAUUUUUUGGAGGAAUCUUCUUCGCUCUUGGAUUCUUGACUCGACCAGCCGCAUUGUCCCUAUUGGUCACGAUGAUGUCUGCUGUCUACUUCCACUUAUCUGCAGUUGGAGCACAGGGCUUUCCACUUGGACACGUCUCCAAUUAUUCUUAUGAUUUCGAAGAACCUCUUCUGUAUGCUCUAAUUUUCCUGGUGUUUUGGUUCAACGGGGCGGGUCCACUUUCGAUCGAUUCCAUCAUUUACAAAAAUAUUGCUCCAGAGGACUUGAGUGAUACAAACAGCCAAUAGGUUGUAUUUAGCGGCGUUUAGAUUUUUAUUCAGCAAGGAGAACCGAUUGAUAUCUAAGAGGUUGCCGAUCACUAGUACAAAGUACUUAAAGAAGCCCAGGAAGAUUUUCUGAAAGCUGACUUUCACAUCUUGAUUAUCUAUUCUUAAACUUACUAAAUGAAACAGUUGCAUCACUAGGUUAUACACUUCUAGUACAAYCUACUCAAUUAAUUUAUAAUUCAUAU